AGCCUCCGUACAUUCGUUUUAAGGGUAACGUGAUUUGUUGAGUCCGACUUCAUUCCGUUUAAACUUCCUCCUGUUCUAAAAAAUGUCCUGGUUUCUCCUGUUUUUGUCGUCGGUGUUCGUGGUCUGCAGGGCUACCGUCUGUCCGUGUGAGAGACCGGAGCUCUGUCAACACAUCCGCGAGGAGAGGGACUUUGAGGUGUUUGUGUUUGACGUGGGUGGAAAGACAUGGAAGUCCUACAACUGGAGCAUGGUGACAACAGUGGCAACGUUUGGAAAAUAUGAUGCUGAACUCAUGUGUUACGCUCACUCCAAAGGAGCACGGGUUGUACUCAAAGGUGCUGUUCCCCUCUCCCACAUUGUGGACCAAGAAAACAGGACGGCGUGGAUAACAGAGAAGGUCAACUUGGCCAAGAGUCAAUUUAUGGAUGGGAUCAACAUCGACAUCGAACAAGCAGUGGAGGAGCGCUCGCCAGAGUACCAUGCUUUGACAGACCUGGUCAAAGAGACCACUGAGGCCUUCCACAGGGAGAUCCCAGGUUCACAGGUUUCAUUUGACGUUGCCUGGUCACCAAAAUGUAUCGACAAGCGCUGCUAUGAUUAUGUUACCAUCGCUGAAUCCUGUGACCUGCUGUUUGUGAUGUCCUAUGAUGAACAAAGCCAGAUCGUGGGGGAUUGUAUUGCAAUGGCAAAUGCUCCACUCUCUCAAACACUGAAUGCUUAUGAGCAGUAUUUGAAUCUGAAGAUCGAUCCAAAGAAGCUAGUGAUGGGAGUGCCAUGGUACGGCUAUGACUACCCAUGCCUCAACCUCUCACAGGAGGGAAUAUGUUCUAUAUCCAAAGUUCCUUUCCGUGGAGCCCCCUGCAGCGAUGCAGCUGGAAGACAGAAAACGUACAAGUGGAUCAUGAAGCAAGUCAAUGUCUCUUUCUCCGGAAGGCUCUGGGACAACGAGCAGCAGGCUCCUUACUUCAAUUACAAGGACCAGAAAGGACAGAUUCAUCAGGUUUGGUAUGAUGACCCACAGAGUAUUUGUCCCAAGGCGGACUCAGUGAAAUCUAAAGGUUUGAGGGGCAUUGGCAUGUGGAAUGGUAACAUCUUGGACUACACUGAUGAACCAGUCGCCAGGCAGCAGACCGCAAUGAUGUGGAAUGCACUCUUAGGAUGCUAGCUGGGAUACACUUAACAGUACUGCAGAAAUGUACAUCACCCCUGAGCCUGCUGUUUGUUGCUAAGUCAAUAUAUCCCUUUGUAACAUUAAUGGGAUGUGACUUCCCUCUGAGUUCAGGGAUGCAUACUUGCACUUCAGAGUUUAUUGUGGCUUUUAUUGCUGUUGUCUUUGAAUGUAGUCACAUCUCAGACAUUCCUCUGUGCUAACUGAAAUAACUGAUUCUCUGAAGCCAAUCUUUUUAAUGUGAUGUACACAAACACUGUAUUUUUGAUUGACCAAUAUUGAGCUUACUGAGAUCCGUGCACUUUAUAUUUUAACAAAUGAAACAUUUUCUGAUGAAUCUGUAAAUCAUUGAAGUUACUAUCCACAUAAACAUUUUACUUUUAGCUUUCUUCCUUUAGCAAACUAGCUUAGAGCACCUGAGAAAUUUGAGAAGUCAACAUUGCAAACAAAUCAGACCACAUCAAGCACAUGGAGUAAUAAUAAAAUGUAGAAAAAGCAACAGCACAAAAAUACAAAACUUAAGUACAAAACAGUAAGCCAUGUAGAAAAUCCAACUGCAUAAAAUCAAAACAUAAAAUCAACAUUAAUAAUUUUUUUAGUUACUCUUCUGAAACAUACGACACAUAAAUGUAACACAAUCCAUCUGUCCCAGCAGAGUUAAGGCCAGACAACGGUCUUGUUCACAGUUCAGUAUAUACUGAAUUAGAUGAAGGUGCUUUGAACUUGCAGUCUGUCCCGUGGGAUAUUUCCAAAGCCUAGAGAGGCUGUGAGACCAGGAUGAGAGGACUGGUUCUUCUUCUGGGCCAGCUCAGCCUUCAGGGCCCUCAGCUCUGUGGCAGCCUGUUUCCUCAACUACAUCAUCAUUCAUGAAUAAAAUAUCAUGGUUUGUUAAUAUCAUUUUUAACAUGAUGGCACACCAGCUAUUAGGCCUUCAAGCCUGAACAAAGGAACUUAUUUAACAUUAAAAGUAAAGAUAAACAUUUGAGCAUUAUCACAGCAGUACAGGGUUUCUUAAAAUAAAAAUGUACAUGUGUGUAAACAGCAUUAGUAUCUGUUUAUUAGGCGAGAUUGUGCAGUACUCUGAUUUUGGGCUAUAUAAACAAAAUGACUAUUGACAUGUAGGUAGCAGGUGCGAAGUGGAUAUAGGGCUCAAAUAUGCCAAUUUGCUCUGUACUCUAAGGACACAAAUCAUCACUAGUAAAGUACGUAAAAUGUAGAACAUUUUUAUGAUUAUAAUAGCACUUUCCAGUGUGUGUUAGCACACAUACCAAUAUGUAGGAUGUUGAAAAGGGACACAAAUGUGUGCUACCAACUAGUUAAUAACUUCCUUUGUUGUACAAAAGCUACUUUUGUUCAUAGGUUACAGAAACAGAAGAAGAAAUUCAUAGAAGAUCAGUUACCUUUAUCUCUGUUACCAGCUUCAUCUUGGCAUCCUCUACCUUCCUCUUCAGGUUGUCAAUCUCGUGGCUCUCUGUCAUGAUCUGAAUGAUGAGCUCAUUCUGAAAUACAUGCUCUUUCAUUCAGUCAUUGAUCACAUGCCUUAUAGUUUGGAGGGAAAAAAAGGUAAGGCACAAGGAAAAGCACAGGUGUUCCACUUCCAGGGCUUUGCUCUUAUGCUUAAAGUCAAACUAUAUGACGUGAAAAAGGUAUAUUGACAAUUCAAUAUAUCACUCAGUGUAUUCAAUUUCUUUGGAAAUUAUACAAUAUUUGGACUUAAUCUACUAAAUACAAUUAUGGAAUUUUUUUAGAAAUGAUUCAUCCAAAUAAAUACUUUGCCUGCCAUUUAAUAUUAAGCAAAAUGGACAAUACAGUACAUAAAAUCAAGAUACAUUCGAUUUUACCUUUAUGGACGAUCUGCCCUGUCGUCUUGGCUUCCCUCUGUUAUCUCUGGCCUGAAGCUGGUGCAGGAGUUUGUUGUAAAAUGUCUCCAACUCUUGUCGUAGGGUUCUCAAGUUGUCCUCCAAUGGUGCUGUGGCCUUCUUGAUUUCAAAAUAUUUCUUCUUCCAAUUGUCCCGUGCUUUACGUUGAAAGGGAAGAAAACCGCAGGAGCAGAAUUUAGUUACUUUUGACAAAUUUGACCAUCUAUUCAAAAAUAUAGGAAUUCCAUUUUUUUCUGUCUUUAAUUUAUUGACAACUAUCUAUCCUUAAAAUUUUAAUAAAUUUUCACAUUACAACAAUAUGUUACAGGUUUGUCGAAGCACAUGAACAAUUAUGAGGACUAUCGUAGAAAAGGUUUCAGUCGUAGUCAUCUGCACACUGUUUUCACUGUUUUAUCUUCGCUUUUCAUUAAACAGUAUUUUAUGCUCA